AGGCGGGAAGUGGAUCUCAGUUCUAGGGUUACAGGGGGAGCUGUCCAGCCCCGCAGCCCUGGCUGGAAGCGAGAGUGGGCCAAGGCGCGCCAGGCGGAGCGAGGCGCGGGUGCGGCAGUGACUCCCCCUGCAGCCCGCCCCCCACGUGGCUGCCUCUGUUCCAGCCCCUCCGAGGAAGCGGCGCGGCUUCCUGAGGCUCGGGCCGGGGAUAUAGGCGCCCCCGCCCGGGCCAGCUCAGCUCCGCCGCCCCUCUUCGCCAUCUCGCCCAAGGAGUGAUGGCCCCGCUCCAGGUGGAGUGCGCCCUGGGUGGACAGUGGCUCGCUGUGACCCGCGCUCGGCGGCCGGCAACGUUCCGCCUCCCUCUACUGCUACUCCUGCUGCUGCUCCUGCUGGGCGCUGUCUCAACCUUUCCGGAGUCCCCGAAUCAAUCUCAUCCCACUGAGGGCAGUCUUCUGUCAGAAGGGACUAUAGAAGACUACUACGAAACAAGUGCUCUACGUUGCUGGUAUCAUUACAAGAGUCACAUGGACUCUGUCAAGGACUGGUGCAACUGGACUUUGAUUAGCAGGUAUUACAGCAACCUACAGUACUGUUUGGAGUACCAGGCGGACAGGUUUCGCCUGGGCUUCCCAAAUCCCUUGGCGGAAAGUAUCUUCCUUGAGACUCACCUGAUACACUUUGCCAACUGCUCCCUGGUGCAGCCCACCUUCUCCGACCCGCCGGAGGAUGUGCUCCUGGCCAUGAUCAUAGUCCCCAUCUCCCUCAUCCCUUUCCUCGUCACUCUUGUGGUGUGGAGGAGUAAAGACAGCGAUGCCCAGGCCUAGGGCAUUCAUUUCUCAGCAGCCAUCUUUUCCCUA